CUACUAUGUACGUAUAGACAUCAUACACUGUCCCACGAAUAUUCUUGUGUAUACUUCUGUGCCAGGAAUAUAUAGAUACAUACGCUUCAUCAUAGCCCCAUACAAUAAACCGUAUAAGUCAACUCAAGCAAGAUAAAUUGUAAACUACCGGUGCCUUAUGCAAACAACUUAUUACACUUGAACACGCCAACGAAGCUGAAAAUUUACAAAUCAUGGCCGUGUUAAAGAACAUCGUCCGUGGAGUGAGCUCUGUGAGGUCUGCCGAGAGUGUGUUGCGUGGGCAUAUCAAGGUGUUUGGACCCGUACCAGUGGCAUCAUAUAUGAAGGAAUGCCUGUCGAAUGGAAAGGAUGGGUACUACAUGACUCGCAAUGUGUUCGGUCAUGACGGCGAUUUUGUCACUAGUCCAGAGAUAUCGCAGGUCUUCGGAGAGCUUGUGGGCAUACACUUCGUUAAUCAGUGGCAGCAAUUUCCAAGCAAACAUUCGACGUAGGUGUGGGCAGUGUCGACCUGAUCGAGCUCGGUCCGGGGAGAGGUACACUAAUGGCAGACAUCCUCAAGAUAUUCAACCGCAUUCCGCAGAUGAGCAACAAAGUUAACGUGCACUUUGUGGAGAUGAGCCCGUUUCUGGCAAAGACCCAAGCACAAACACUGGGCGUUACGCAGCCCAACGAAGAAGCUCCAACUGAAGAAGGGACAUCUGUGACUCGUCAGACACCCGCUGGUGUAAAUGUGCAGUGGUACAGAAAGUUCGAGGAUAUCGACAUCAAAGGAUUUCCCAUGAUAGUGGCACAUGAGUUCUUAGACGCUCUCCCCGUGCACCAGUUUGUAUACACCCGUGACGGCUGGAGGGAACGAAUGAUUGGGCUGGAUGAUAAAGAUAAGUUCCAAUGGGUUUUAGCUCCAAGUGCCACCGCCUCCUCUCGUUCGCUGGGUCCGUCAGGCAAGUACAAAGAGGGAGAUGUGUACGAAGUGUCUCCGGAUUCGCUACACACGGCACACCAGAUAGCUCAGGCUGUGAAAGAUGACGGCAUGGCGUUGAUAGUCGACUACGGCAACAAAGAACCCAAGCGCACACCCACGGUACGCGGCUACAAAGCCCACGUGAUGAUUGAAGACAUCGUAGAGCACGAGCCAGGAGAAAUCGAUCUCACGGCCGAUGUUAGCUUCCAGGCCGUGGCCAAGGUGUGCAGUGACACGUGUGCGACGUACGGGCCUAUGAGCCAGGGCGACUGGUUGCGGCAGAUGGGGAUCCACACGAGGACUAAGCAAAUGGUCCAGUCCAGCCAAACGCGGGAGGAGCAAGUCAAGAUAAUCCGCAGUACGAAACGGCUGAUAGACAACGAAGGGAUGGGCAGCUUGUUCCAGUUCUUAAGCCUAGUCCCCAUAUCUGUCGACCCACCUUUCCCAUUUGUAAAGGCAAACAGCUGUACAGCACCGCUCUAACCAAGCUUAGAAACAGAAACGAG